AUGGGUACUGGGAGCCGAACAGUAUAUACCCGUGACAGUAUACCACCAACUUCAAGGGUUAUUACUGAGGUUGUUACAGCUCGCGCUCUUCAGGAAAUUCGCUUCUACCAGACCACCGAUGGUUCCUGCCAGCUUCCUGGCCAGUUUCGCGCUACGUGCCGCCUCAUCGGUGAGGAUUUCCAGAACAAGGAGGUCAAGCUGGUUACUCGCUGGUCAAAGGGGGCCUUCAAGGCCUUACAAGAGGAGAGUGAGUUCUUCCUCGUUCAAAUGUUCCAAGCUUGUGUGCUCGCUGCGCUCCACGGUGGAUGCCAGACUGUCAUGCUGAAGGACAUCCACCUCGUGAUGGCUAUCACCAACAUUUUUGGUAGCUACAGUCACCUUCCUUUAAUCUGGGCGCGCAUCGGCACGAGCCACCUCACCAACAUUUCCAUUACAACUUUGAGUAGUUACAGCAUCACCAAUAAUAGACUAAAUCAAAUGGUUUAUGGCUCAUUUUACUCGUAA